CUCGUCGUCACCUCCUCUCCGCGGCGCCUCUGGAGUCUUCUUCCCCAGUGCGACGUUCGACCCUCCUUCUGUUCUAGUGGCACUCGUCUGCGCCGUCUGCAGCUCCCUGGUUUAACAGCCUCUCGAGGAUGAACAGAAUACUGAUUUUAGCCGCUCUGGCCGGGGCAUGUCUAGCCCAGCAAGGUUACCUUCCACCUACCAAUGGAUUUAAUGGUAAUGGCAAUGGUAAUGGCAACGGAAAUGGCAAUGGCAACGGAUUCGUUAAUGGCAACGGAAAUGGGGCCAAUGGAAAUGUGUUCGGAAACGGAAACGGAGCGAAUGGAAAUGGCGUGAAUGGUAAUGGUUAUAGUUAUGGUAAUGGUAACGGUGUAAAUGGUAAUGGUAACGGUGUAAAUGGUAAUGGUAAUGGUGUAAAUGGUAAUGGAGUGAAUGGCAAUGGCGUUAAUGGAAAUGGCAAUGGGUAUAGCUAUGGCAACGGCAAUGGCAAUGGAAAUGGUGUGAAUGGUAAUGGUAAUGGCAAUGGAGUAAAUGGCAAUGGCAACGGCGUGAAUGGCAAUGGUAAUGGCGUGAAUGGCAAUGGAUACAGUUAUGGAAAUGGUAAUGGAGUAAAUGGCAAUGGUAAUGGAGUAAAUGGUAAUGGAGUAAAUGGCAAUGGUAAUGGAGUAAAUGGUAAUGGUAAUGGCGUGAAUGGCAAUGGGAAUGGAGUUAACGGCAAUGGAAAUGGAUACAGCUAUGGAAAUGGUAAUGGCAAUGGCAACGGCUUGAAUGGUAAUGGUAAUGGCGCAAAUGGCAAUGGAAAUGGGUAUAGUUAUGGCAAUGGCAACGGCGUGAAUGGCAAUGGAAAUGGCGUGAAUGGCAAUGGUAAUGGCGUGAAUGGCAAUGGAAAUGGCGUGAAUGGCAAUGGGAAUGGAUAUAGUUAUGGCAAUGGCAACGGCGUGAAUGGUAAUGGCAAUGGUAAUGGUAAUGGCGUGAAUGGCAAUGGCAAUGGAAAUGGCGUGAAUGGCAAUGGAAAUGGAAAUGGCGUGAAUGGCAAUGGCAAUGGAUAUAGUUAUGGCAAUGGCAACGGCGUGAAUGGUAAUGGCGUGAAUGGCAAUGGGAAUGGAGUUAACGGCAAUGGAAAUGGAGUAAAUGGCAAUGGAGGAUACAGCUAUGGCAAUGGAAAUGGCAAUGGCAAUGGGAAUGGAGCAAAUGGAUAUAGCUAUGGCAACGGCAACGGAAAUGGCAAUGGAAACGGCAUCAAUGGCAACGGAAACGGCAAUGGCAUCAAUGGCAACGGAAACGGCAAUGGUCUCAAUGGCAACGGCUUCGUAGAUCCUAUCACUGCCCUCGCUGAUGCCAUUGGCGGUGGAGGCGUCCCAGGGCAGGACUACCCCAUCUUGGCCUUCGUCCCCGCCACCGGGUUCUCCUGCGACGGCCAACUGCCUGGAUAUUACGCUGAUACUGCUCCCGAGGCUGGAUGCCAGGUGUUCCACAUCUGUCAGGCAGGAGGCAGAAUCGACUCGUUCCUUUGUCCCAAUGGAACUAUCUUCAACCAGCAAUACUUCGUGUGCGAUUGGUGGUACAACUUUGACUGUUCGACGGCUGAACAGUUCUACGGUUUGAAUGCUGAGAUUGGCAAGGUGAAUGGAAAUGGCAAUGGCAACGGCAAUGGAAAUGGCAACGGCAAUGGAAAUGGUGUAACCAACGGUAAUGGAUAUGGAUACACCAAUGGUAAUGGCAACGGCAACGGAAAUGGCUACACCAAUGGCAACGGCAACGGAAAUGGCUACACCAAUGGCAACGGCAACGGAAAUGGCUACACCAAUGGCAACGGAAACGGAAACGGUGUUACCAACGGCAACGGGAACGGAUACACCAACGGUAAUGGCAAUGGUGUAACCAACGGUAAUGGCAAUGGAAACGGCAUUACCAACGGCAACGGUAAUGGAAAUGGAUAUACCAACGGAAACGGGAACGGAUAUACCAAUGGAAAUGGUAAUGGAAACGGUAAUGGAUAUACCAAUGGCAAUGGAAACGGAAAUGGAUAUACUAAUGGUAACGGAAACGGUUACACCAACGGCAACGGUAAUGGAAAUGGAAACGGCAAUGGUAAUGGAAAUGGAAACGGCAAUGGUAAUGGAAAUGGAAACGGCAAUGGUAAUGGAAAUGGAAACGGCAAUGGUAAUGGAAAUGGCAACGGCAACGGCAACGGCAAUGGUAAUGGUUAUUACUAUGGUGCCCCAAAUGGAAACGGAAAUGGUAAUGGUGGAGCGACAAAUGGUAAUGGAAUUAACGGGCUCUAUCAGACGCCGAGCUUCUAAACGACGAAAUGUCCUUCGUUUCCUCCUCUUCCUUUCUUUUAACUUUUGCGAACGUUACAAAGAAAACGAUUAUAUUUAUAGGGAAGACUUUUAAGUUAUGCGUUUUUAGCCUUAAUACUAAUGAUCUUAGUCAUUAGCUGAAUCCGAGACCAUAAAGAGUGAAACAUUAUUUUCCUAAAUAAAAAAACGUUUAUAUAUUUUGCGUAUAGGACUAUUCUAUUGAAAUUAAUCAAUAAUUGUUUGAGUUAGCUGUUCUUAAUUUUGUCAGUAUUAUGUCUUUAACCGUAUUCUGUAUCAGAAUGUUUCACUUUAAUGGUUUAUCAAAGUUUAUAUACUUGUGCCAUAAGUCUUUCAUAUAUAAUGGUUUAAAUGUAUAUCACAUAAUAAUAGACAUUAUAUAUAACUUUGAGAAUAAAGUUUA